AUGUCCAAAGCCGAAUCUUCCAAAGCAGCUGCCAGCAAUGGUGUCAAACCAAAUCCCAACGCUGCUGGUGGUGCUAACUAUGAACUGCCAUGGGUAGAGAAAUACCGUCCCGUCUACCUCGAUGAUGUCGUCGGCAACACUGAAACCAUUGAACGCCUCAAGAUCAUUGCCAAAGACGGUAACAUGCCACAUAUGAUCAUCUCUGGCAUGCCUGGUAUCGGCAAAACCACGUCCAUCCUCUGUCUCGCACGCCAGCUCCUCGGUGACGCCUACAAAGAGGCUGUUCUCGAACUCAACGCCUCUGACGAGCGUGGUAUCGACGUCGUACGCAACAGAAUAAAGGGCUUCGCGCAGAAGAAAGUCACACUUGCACCAGGCAGGCAAAAGCUCGUCAUUCUGGACGAGGCGGAUAGCAUGACCAGCGGUGCGCAGCAAGCCCUGAGGAGGACAAUGGAGAUCUACAGUGCAACAACACGGUUUGCAUUCGCUUGCAACCAGUCGAACAAGAUCAUUGAGCCGCUGCAGUCGAGAUGUGCCAUACUCAGAUACGCUCGCCUUACCGAUGCGCAAGUCGUGCGCCGCGUUAUGCAGAUCUGCGAGGCCGAGGACGUAAAGUAUUCAGACGAUGGGAUUGCGGCACUCGUCUUCUCCGCUGAGGGAGAUAUGCGACAAGCUAUCAACAACCUACAGUCGACAUUCGCUGGUUUCGGCUUUGUAAACGGCGACAAUGUCUUCAGAGUGGUCGACAGCCCGCAUCCCAUCAAAGUGCAAGCCAUGAUCAAGGCGUGCCACGAGCAGCGCAUCGAUGAUGCCUUGGCGUCGUUGAAAGAGCUCUGGGAUUUAGGAUAUUCAUGCCACGAUAUUAUCAGCACAAUGUUCAAAGUUACUAAGACCAUUGAUACGCUGAGUGAGCACGCGAAGUUGGAGUUCAUCAAGGAAAUUGGCUUCACCCACAUGCGCAUCCUCGAAGGCGUGCAAACACUUCUACAGCUAUCCGGCUGCGUUGCGCGCUUGUGCAAGAUCAACAUGCAGCCGCAAUUGUUCGCCCUCCCCACGACGUCGAAGUAA